UGCAAACACAAACACAGGCGGCUUCGACCUGUUGAAGCGCGCGACACAGGCCAUGAUGAUGUCAGGCUCGACUUCUAGGUAUGUUGCAAUUUUUCGUUAUGCCUCUUCUGCUGCUCUGCAUCCUUUGCACCCUCUGCCUGCUACCUUGCGCUCCUAUUCGGACCCCUAUUGCACCCAUUUCAUUGUGUCUCUCUGCCUUCCUAUCCAGCAAACCCCACGCAGAGGUCCCUUCUGGGUCCUGCACCGACCAGUGGUCCAACUGCUUCACCGCGUGCUCGGUCAAAGCUGUGUGGCGUUAGCUUGCUUGCUCUCUCUGUUGGGCUUGCGUUGUGACGCCUUUCCCAUUCGCUUGAUAUCCGUUCUUUAUUUCCCUUUUCAGAUGGGACUUCACACCCGGCCUGCCUGUCGCCUGGUUGCUCCUUCAAAGCUGGAGUUGCGUAACCAUGAAAAGUACCAUUUCCUGUCUCCGUCACUAGCUGGGCCCGGCGGACGUUCGAGACCUCUUCCCCCCUCAUAUGUCAUCGACACUUUUCAUUACCUGUCACCACCCCGUCACAUUACCUUGCUGUUCCCAUGCUCCCGAUCUGCCCCGCGGCGUUGGACCCUGGAAGGAGCCUCUGCUCUUGAAGGGUGUCCAUUCCAUGCGGCAUGUCAUCGUCGGACAUAGACACAUACUACCCAAAAGCGUGGCGAUGGAGGGGUGGCUGGCGAACGAGGAGCCUUUCUUCUCGCCUGCUCGCUCCUGCACCCGAUGGGUUUGGGCCAAGACGUUCCUCAUUUGGCUAGUGUCAGAGGCCGAUGCCGUCAACGGCCCUUUCAGCCUACCGCUGAGGGACCCCAGACGAUCCCGGACGAGUGUCCGAGGCUGCAAGCAACUGAGCCCAUUCGGCGCCUCUUUUUCCUUCAACCUGUUGCCGCUACCAUUAUCACGUCUAUUCUCACCCAUUCCUACGGUGGUCUUAGAGCUUGUUCACUCGUCUGGUUCCCCCCCCC